UAUAUUCCGUUUCGGAAGUGGCCAGCGCGUGUCGAACUGAAGCUGACAACACGCGGUUUUAGAGGAUUUUAACUCUCCUUUAUUUAUUCGGUAUAAUUAACACGUCUGUUGCUAACUUCAGCCCGAUUAGAAGCCCCAAUGUUGGAGAGCCGGGAGUCGAAUUGCGCUGUAGCGGACAACGAAGAUUGUUGUCGUUCUGCUAAGCGGUUUUGUCGGCGGCAUUGCGAAUCAAAGCAAGAAGUAAAAGACAACAGCGACGUGGACGUGUCCAUCAUACUUCCUGUUCAUAAUGCCGCCCAAUGGCUGGAUGCAUGUCUUCAGUCGAUUGCAGACCAAGACUUCCAGGGAACUAUGGAGCUGUCUGUCUUCUGUGAUGCCAACAAGGAUGAGUCGGAUUCAAUUAUUGAGAUGUGGAUUCCCAACCUGGAAAGCAGGGGCAUUGCUGUAGUAACUAGUGGACAUGCGUCUCCUCAACCAAAAGGAGUUGGCUAUGCUAAGAACCGAGCUGUGGCACAAAGUAGAGGGAAGUUCUUAUGCUUCAUGGAUGCUGAUGACGUGAUGAUGCCUCAGAGGGUGCGGCGCCAGUAUGAGGCAGCUUUGAAGUUUCCCGCUAGCAUUAUUGGCUGCUUAGUGAAAAGAGAACCAGAAGGUUCAACUGAGCGCUACACUCGUUGGAUUAACCAGAUGACCCAGGAGCAGCUUCUCACACAGAUUUAUACAUCCCAUGGACCAACAGUUAUCAUGCCAACUUGGUUCUGUGCAAGAAGCUGGUUUGACUUUAUUGGCAACUUCAAUGAAGGUGGUAAGGGCAUUCCAGAAGACCUCCUGUUUUUCUAUGAAAACAUUCGCAAAGGAGGUGGAGUACACCGAGUGGAUGAAUGUUUACUGAUGUACCGCUAUCACCAGCAGGCUGCCACACAUGCAGUCCAUGAGUAAGAAACUUGAGGGCUGGGGUUUCUGGGAGAAUGGGGGAACAAGUAUUAAAUAUUGAUAUGCCACCCAUUUGUAACACCUGGCACGGUGGAAAAACAUAGUUGGGGGUGUGCGCCAAAGGACAUUUGUGCUUGUAUCUUGUUAUUUGGCACAAGGAUUUAGGAAGUUUGGGGGAGGUGGGAGUCUAAAUGUGUAUGAAGUCUUCAAAAGAUUUGAUUUUUCAUAAAGCUUUUUAAAGUGCUAUCUCCUAAACUGUGGGGUAUGGUACGGUGGUAUUGUUGCUGGGGUUCAUGUAAUCGAGUCCUCCCUGCAUGGAGUUUGCAUGUGUCCUCCUGGGUUCCUCUGGGUGCUCCAAAGUCAUGUAAGUAGGUGUAUCGCUGAUGCUAAAUUGGCCUUAGUGCACACGUCUGUGUGUUCACCCUGCAAUGAGCUGUGGCGCCUCGUCCAGGAAUUGCUCCUGCCUUGCCAUCCUUUGCUUGCUGGCAUUGGCUCCAGUUUCCCCACGACCCUGCUCAGGGUAAGCGGUUUAGAACGAUGGAUAGAUGGUUAUCUUUAGAAAGCUGAUACGCUUUUAGUCACUGUUCAAACACGUCUUUCUCAUUGUGAUAAAUCUGUAUAAAAUCAGAGUUUCUGCUCUGGCACUAGAAGUAAUUGGUGUUUAAUAUUUGAUUUCCUGAAGGUAAAAAAUAAGCUGGAGUGGAUUUGCAUAUUAUUUGAAUUUGAGCAAGUUAUCAGAGGUUACACACUCCGGCACUUGCCUAAAUGCCAGAGGGCACUCCUUUGAUUCAGAUUUUGUUUUAUGGUAAAAAAAAAAAAAAAAAGUUUUUAUUACAAUCACAAAAUUAUAAAUCUAAAUAGAUCUACAUGUGCUUCCUCCGUCUGCAUUUUUCUUGAUUUGAUUUUUAGUCAUUUAUACUGAGCAGCGUCCCCAAGAGACUGUCACUCAAGAUAAGGAUGAGACAGUUUUGAAACGUAACAGCAUUGUCACACCCAGACGUUACAGUUAAGUGACGGUGCCUUCCUACGAGAUUAUACAACUGUUGAGCCCUACUAUAAAGAGAGAUGGAGAAGCUUUUAAGUAGGUUUGUAAAUGAUGUGUUCAUUUAUUGUCAGUUAUGAGUUGCUGUAUGAAUAGCAUAACUAAAAAUUGUUAAAAAUAGCCAAAGCUACUAACUCUGUCUGGUCAUGUCUGCCUUUUUUAUCUCUGUCAUUGAGUUUGGUUUUCUUUUCAGCAUUUGAAUUAAAUUGUAGACUUCUGUUUUUAUCUUCUCUGUUGCACCUUAUGGUUUUACAUGUGCAUUAUGUGUGCUUUUAUGCUUUUACAUGUAUACAAAUGGGUUCACCCCUUGGCAGUUUUCACAUAUUUUUAUAUACCAUUCAUUCACAGUGGAUUUAAUGUGGCUUUACUGACGCUGAUCAACAGAAAGACUCACUAAUGUCAAAGUGGAAACAGGUCUCGGCAAAAGGGGUGUAAAUUAAUUACAAACAUAUAACACUCAAUCAUUGAUCACAUACAUAUUCACCCCUUCAAGCCAUUGUUUAGUAGAUGACAGCCUUGAUUCUCAGUGUGCUCAGGUUUCUCUCUAUCAGUUCUAUCCACUUCUUUGCUCAGUCAGGUAUUCCUGUGUAGCUU